AACGGGCAUUUCCGUUAACCCUCCGUUAGAAACUUAACGGCGACCCAAAACUGGCAAAUUUCAAUAAAGUUGGGAUUAUUAUGCAUCACAGUGAAAGGUGGGAUUAUUUUUGAAAGACCGGGUAAAGUUGGGAUUAUUUUGGUUGCAAGAAUCCUGAAAAGUUUUCACCUUUUUCUUCCUCCGCCACUUUUUUUUCUCUUUUACCUCUCAAAAAAUAGCCCCGGUUACUGGGUUGGGUUUCUUUAAUCUUCUAUGGUGGGUAUAUAAAUUUAGGACUCCUCCCCAAACUUAAGGAGGGUCGGUGGAUGCUGUCUGUUUUGCCGGCUAUGUGCAAUGAAGUCGAGGAUUUCGAAGAGGCAGACGAGGUUUUCUUCGAUUCUUUUGAGUGUUUGUCAUUGGAAGAACCUGCUUUAGAGAGAGGUGAGUCUGGGUAUGAUGUUUGGUUGAAUGGGUUGCAUAGUGUGAAUGAAAGACGACAGAAGUUCUUGCGCGGGAUGGGGAAGAGUUCAGAAUUUAAGCUAACAAGUGACUCUGAGGCUGAGGCAUUCGAUGAAAGGAUUCGUGACUGUAGUGAAGCUGUGUGUAGCUCCUCUUCUUCUCCAUCUUCAUCCUCUUUGUCCAUUGUCAGAGGAGAUGAAGGUGUGAUGUGUGGUGGCGAAAGAGAUUGCAGAACUGAUGAUUCUAAUUGUUUGGUUGAUGAUCUUUCUGGAAAUGUUUCGAGGGCUGUGAAAGCAAAGAAGGGGAAAUGGUGGAAACCCAUCUUACCUAAGAUGAGAACCAGCCAUUCUGAUGUUCCGAAAAGGUCAAGCCCAUCUCGCAAAGCUGGGAAGGGGACUGCGCUAGAGGUGCAUGCAAUCCAGAAAGGGUUUUCGGAGCUUACUGCACUGUAUGCAGGACAAGAGAUUACGGGUCAUACGGGCAUGAUUCGGACCAUGAAGUUUAGUCACGAUGGACAGUACUUGGCGAGUGGAGGUGAAGAUGGGGUUGUCCGUGUUUGGAGUGUCGAAUUAGUUCUUGCUUCAAAUUUUUUCGGGUCUGAGCUCGAAAGAAGUAAGAAAUUCUCUCAUUCUUCUGUUGAGAUACCUGAGAAGGUUUUCCAGAUCAAAGAAUCGCCAGUGCAUGAGUUUCACGGUCAUACUUCCAGUGUUUUAGACCUCUCAUGGUCCUCCACAACCAAUUGUCUUUUGUCUUCAUCUAAAGAUAACACUGUUCGCUUAUGGAAAGUGGGGUCUGAUGAAUGUCUCGGUGUCUUCCAUCACAAUAACUAUGUAACGUGCGUCCAGUUCAAUCCUGCUGAUGAAAACCUGUUCAUAAGUGGAUGCAUCGAUGGGAAAGUCCGUGUUUGGCAUGUGACAGAAAAGCGAGUUGCUGAUUGGGCUGAUGUACAUGAUAUAGUGACUGCUAUAUGUUACCAGCCAAACGGCAAGGGUUUCAUAUCCGGUUCCAUAUCUGGGGUUUGCCGCUUCUAUGAAACAGGAAAUGAGCUUUGCUUAGAUGGUGAGGUGCAGCUUGGUGGUAAAAGGAGAUCAAACAAGAACAUAAUUACUGGCAUUCAGUUUAUACCGAACGAUCCUCAGAAGGUUAUGAUCACAUCUGGAGACUCUAAGAUCCGCAUUCUUGAUGGACGUGAGAUUGUCUGUAAAUACAGAGGUCUUGCAAAAUCAGGAAGUCAGGUGUGGGCAGCGUGUACCCCAACUGGAAGACAUGUAAUUUCAGUGGGGGAGGACUCUCGGGUUUAUCUUUGGGACCACCACCACCACAAGGGGCGUUCGUUUGAGCAUUUCGCGUCAGAGAGUGCUUCCAUUGCGAUACCUUGGUUGGGCGUGGGCCACAGCGCGACAACAGAAACGACUCAUCCUAGGAUUGUUUGGGAUUCAGAUGGGUUUUCGUUGGGAAAUUGGUUCUCCAUGGAUACCUCGUCCAGGGGUUGUUCGGUCACAUGGCCUGAGGAAGUACUUCCUCAUCCAUUGCCGCCACAGGUGAAGAAGAAGAAGAAGAACAGCAGAUUGUCUUCUCCGGCAUGGGGCCUUGUUAUUGUAACCGCUGGUUGGGAUGGGAAGAUCAGGACGUUCCACAACUAUGGAUUGCCCGUUAGGAUUUAGGACCUAGAUUUUCUCCAUGUUUAUAUGAUGUAUGAAUCCAUUGUAGAGUUUUUCAAAAGACUAUUGAUUUAGUAUCUUAUAUGGAGUACUGUAUGUAAUAUUUAUGGAAGUCAAGCUAGCUAAAUCUCUUCACCCAUGAAUGACAUAACCCAAUAUACUCACACUGACUAA